GCCGCCAGCCGCGGGGGGCGUGGGAUGGGGGAGGCGGCGGAGGGGAGCGCCCGCUGCCACUAGAGCCAACCGCGCACUUCCAAAGGGUGUCGCGGCUGCGCUCCCCUCCCGCGCCCCGGGAACUUCAAAGCGGCCCGCGCCGCCCGGUCGCCCCGCUGCGCUCUGGGGCCCCGCAGCCCGGUCCGGGCCGCCUGGUGGCCAUGACCCCAGCGCGCGGCUCCGCACUGAGCCUGGCCCUCUUGCUGGUGGCCCUGGCCGCCGAGCUCGCGGCAGGACUGAAGUGUGUGUGUCUUUUGUGUGACUCUUCAAACUUUACCUGCCAAACGGAAGGAGCAUGUUGGGCCUCUGUCAUGUUAACCAAUGGGAAAGAGAAGGUGAUCAAGUCCUGCGUGUCGCUCCCAGAGUUAAAUGCUCAAGUCUUCUGCCACAGUUCCAACAAUGUGACCAAGACAGAAUGCUGCUUCACGGACUUCUGCAACAAUAUCACACUUCACCUUCCGACAGUAUCGCCAAAUGCUCCCAGACUUGGCCCCACGGAGCUGACCAUUGUCAUUACUGUGCCUGUUUGCCUCCUGUCCAUAGCUGCCAUGCUGACAAUAUGGGCAUGCCAGGACCGCCAGUGCACAUACAGAAAGACCAAGAGACACAACGUUGAGGAGCCUCUGGCAGAGUACAGCCUGGUAAACCCGGGAAAAACACUCAAAGACCUGAUUUAUGAUGCCACCGCCUCAGGUUCAGGCUCUGGUCUGCCUCUGUUGGUUCAAAGAACAAUUGCGAGGACUAUCGUCCUUCAAGAAAUCGUAGGAAAAGGCCGAUUCGGGGAAGUGUGGCACGGAAGAUGGUGUGGGGAAGACGUGGCCGUGAAAAUAUUCUCCUCCAGAGACGAAAGAUCUUGGUUUCGCGAGGCAGAAAUUUAUCAGACGGUGAUGUUGAGACACGAGAACAUCCUUGGCUUCAUUGCCGCUGACAACAAAGAUAAUGGAACUUGGACUCAACUUUGGCUUGUAUCAGAGUAUCACGAACAGGGCUCCUUAUAUGACUAUUUGAAUAGAAACAUAGUGACCGUGGCUGGAAUGAUCAAGCUGGCCCUUUCGAUAGCCAGCGGUCUGGCUCACCUACAUAUGGAGAUCGUUGGUACCCAAGGUAAGCCUGCUAUUGCUCACCGAGAUAUAAAGUCGAAGAAUAUCUUGGUGAAAAAAUGUGACACUUGUGCCAUCGCUGACUUAGGGCUGGCUGUGAAGCAUGACUCCAUCAUGAACACUAUAGACAUACCGCAGAAUCCCAAAGUGGGAACGAAGAGGUAUAUGGCUCCUGAAAUGCUUGAUGAUACAAUGAACGUGAGCAUCUUUGAGUCCUUCAAGCGAGCUGACAUCUAUUCUGUGGGGCUGGUUUACUGGGAAAUAGCUCGAAGGUGUUCGAUUGGAGGAAUGGUGGAGGAGUACCAGUUGCCUUAUUAUGACAUGGUGCCUUCGGAUCCUUCGAUAGAAGACAUGAGGAAGGUUGUCUGUGACCAGAAGUUCCGACCAAAUAUCCCAAACCAGUGGCAAAGCUGUGAAGCGCUCCGGGUCAUGGGGAGAAUCAUGCGGGAGUGCUGGUACGCCAACGGGGCGGCCCGCCUGACAGCCCUGCGCGUGAAGAAGACCAUUUCUCAGCUGUGUGUGAAGGAAGACUGCAAAGCUUGACAGCACAUCCAGGCAAAAGGACACUGGUCGCAGCUUCCGCUUGUGUCUCAGGCUUUGUGUGAACGUUCUUGCUUCUUUUUGCCAUGUUGUGUUUCAGUUCUACCUCAUGACGACUCACGACAGUGUUUAAGUGUCCCAAAGGCGGCAUCAAAAGACAACUCUAAAGUUAAGCGUGGGCAGGUCUCGACUUUUCCAAUCUUCAUGUUGCCAUUUGUUUUAUUUUUUAAAGGUGACACACUCAUUUUGUUUUAUUUAAGGAGGAAGAUGUUAUGAGUAUAAAAUAAGCUACAGAAAAUAGUCAAAAUAAAACAACUUUUGUUUUACUUGAACCAAGAGCACACACAAAUGAGAUGAAAACAUAUUAAAAAAUGUAAACGAGGGCACAUUAUAGUGAAAUAGAACUUUAGAAAUGAUCUGGACCCUUGAAAAGUUACUAUUGCUCAGAAUUUUGGUAUCUAAAGCCUGAACGGUGGAGGCCAUCAGCAGGAUAUGAGAGCAAGGUCAUGCUCUCCGUACUCGCUCUCUCUUUCCCUGCUUGCCACUCACGUCUUCACCUCUACAACAGCCCCUAAGGAGUUAGAAAGCCACCCGAGCCAUUGCUUCUGAUAUCUAAAGGAAGUCUCCAAUGUCUUGAACACUGUGAAAUGUUUCAGAGUCACAGAGCUCAUGCCAGAGAUGACAGCAAACCCUGUGAGAAUGAACACUGUGAAGUCAGCUGACCUGCUAUGUUCUCUUUGAUUUCCCAUAGUUCUUUUCUUCCUAAGAGGGGACAUCUUCAGUGAUGAUAGUCUUAAUUUAGUCAUGUAGAGAGCGUACUGAGUGUUUUAUAAGAACAUAAUGGAUUUGCUAGAUCCUCAGAACCAAUCUACUAGCAUUUCCUCAUAAAAUGUCAUCAUUAUCCUAUUCAUUAAUGAGAUAAUGUUUUCUGAACAUUGCCAAAGAUUGACCAAUUAUAAACAUACAUAGUCUAGAGAUGCAUGUCUUAAGAUGCAGUUAAUUUAAGGGUGCAUAUUUAGGAAGAAAAAUGACAGAAAGGUAAACCAGGAAAGAUUAAUUAAGAGAAUUAAGAGAAUUCUUUCAGAAGAAUUUAACCACUGACCAGAACAGAGAGGACUGCACUGGCUAUGAGAAGACAUUCCUGGCCUUUUAAGAGGAACCCUGUGUGGAGAGUUUUGCAGGCUCUGCCCCAGCCUCCUUUUUUGAGGUCGGAAAUAUUUAACGGAACACCGGAUAUUUCAUUCAAAUGUGCUGUUUUGCUUUAGUGGAGGGGAUUUAGCACGAUGCCUUUCGGUGUUCCCAAAGCCCAUUCCUCAGAACAGGCUUCUGCCUCGAUGUUCUCAGAACUUAAGUGUUCUCUGACAGCAUCGUCAGGAGCCAGACAGUUCUUUGACGCUUCUGGCAAUAAACACACCUGACCUGGAUGUCUCCAAGGACAAACGUUUGACCAAGUACAGUGCAAUCCUUUUAUUAGAGGUAGGGCAAAGUUUUUACUAUCCAGCGUUUAGAUGUUCUACAAAGUGUAACACAGAGAGUAACGUUCCAAAGGAUACACCUAAGUUUUCCACAAAAAUCCAACUUGGUGUGUACAUUUUGGUGUGCCAAUAUGCUACCGGAUCCAGCUCAUUUGAUUUAAGUUGAGAUAAGAGACACAAAUGCCUUGAUGACUAUAGGGCUUGCCUGUAUUUCCAUUUCCAGUGAUACAUUCAUCCAUUUAUAGGCACAGAGCACCCCGUAACUCACUUGCCACAAUAUUGGGUACAAGAGGGAAUAAAAAGAUAGAUAGGUCCUGCCCUCAGGGAUUUUAAAGUCUAAUUUGGGAGUGGGAAAAGGCAUAAGAGUAUGAGGGGAGAAAGUAAAUUGACAGAUAAAAUAUGCAGUGGGAUGUCUUGAGUUCUGCGUGACAAUGCUUUAGAGACUAGGUCUGAAAAAUCACUUCCAAUUUGCAACACAUUUAGAAAAGAUCUUUAUUUAGAUAUUACAGUCUAAUUAUAUUAUCAGUAUCGAAAAGGUGUGCCUGUGUGAAUGGGUAUUGAAAAGAACUGUGUGAAAGGGGUGAUCUGGCUUGUGCUUAUUCCCUUAUUGCACACAGUUUCUUCAUGAAGGAAAUGAAAUUACUUAGGCGAUUGUAUUCAAAUCUUCAAUAUAAACCUAAUAUAUUCUGUUCUGUUUACCACUGUUCUGUGAAUAUAUUUACUAGGUUUUUAAAGAGAGGGUGUUUUUAGCAUCUUCUUUGUCUUUAGGUUUUAUAAUUUAUUUGAGAGUAUACAAAUGUAACUUAUAUUUUAUUGAUUCAGAUUUCACUGUGGAGAAAUCCACAAAUUAGUAUGUUUUGAGACAUUUUGCUUGUUCUUCUGCUGUUGAAUUGUGAUGAUCUUGAAGGACAGAGAAACAAAAGUGUAAGGGAAAACAGUAGAAGUUACAGUUUUUCCUUACCUCUCAACACACAAUUAUACAUAGACACUGCUCACUUAUUAAAAAGUAGAGGAACAUUUAAAGAAUAAGUCAGAUUUACUGUACAUACCUAUGUGGUUCAAUUUUAGACUACGUGUUUUUAAUGGAAUGUCAUGUGAUACUUGUUUCUUUUAAAAAUUGUUAUGAGUAAAAAUACCUUCUUAGGCUAGGUGCACAGUGACAUCAUUGUUUUGCUCCUUAUGGAUAUUUUGGCUCUGGGUAUAGCAUAGAACUUAGAAAUGCUGUUAUGAAUUUUAGUACUGUGUGCAGAAAUGAUGGGGUUUCUACACAGCAUCCCUUCUUGAAAUAUGAGAAGCAUUAUUUGUUGUCAACAUUUGAGCAUGAAUUUGUUGCCUUAUAAGUCGUGCGUUUAAGUUUGUAAUCAGUACCAAUUCUGUUGUAUGCAUUCUUACAUGUCUAAAAUAUUUGGCAUGUCACAUCUAGAAUUCCUAAUUUAUGUUCUGCCUUGAGAGUUAAGUGAAACAUGACUGUCGUACUCUAUUUUAAGCAUAGCACUUGCUUUUCAUCUUUAUACUUUCAAUUAACUUUGCAUUUUAAAUUUCCAUAAUUGUAUGAAGAUAGUAACCUGAUUGCAAUGUCUGAAGAAUUUAAAAUCCGCUUUUAUUUUAAAAUGAAAUAUCGACAAUACAUUCAUUAGAUCGUAAGUUCCACAAUAUCUUAUCAUUUUGAAUGCUUCAACUAUUGCAGAAUGAUUAAACAAAAGAGAAGUCUACUGUCCUGGAAUUUUGCCACCAUGUGACUUAUUGGGGCAGAGCAAACUCAGGGCAAUCUGGGAGUCUAAGCAAAAGACCCAGGGGACCACUUAAUGCAUUUCCUGAAGGCAGGAAGCAGGCAUCUGCCGUCACACAGGGAUCAAGAGAACAACUUAAAAAUUACUCGAGAGAGAAUAGUUUUUGAUUGAUUAAAAGUAAACAUGAAAUUUUAUAAAUUCAUUUAAAACGUGGAAACUUUGAUUUCCUAUCAAGCAGCUAAGGAACAAGAGUAAAUGUAUCAAAAUUGGUAGCUGAGGCAUUCAAUAGUCAUUUCCUUUAUAUGACUUUAAAACCAACAUUUACCAGCUACUUAGAAAUGUUGAUGUUUAAUGUCCUUCAAUGAUGUCAUUGUAGUUUUUGAAGCUAUUCUCUUUUUAUUUGUGAAAAUCACUUGGAUUUUGUUCACUAUGAGAAGACGGUCAUAGUUUUAAGGGCUUUUAGUUUUUUUCAGAAUUUUUUUUAAAAAACAAAACCAAAAAAAAAAUCUAGAAUGUAAAACAUUCUCUAAAAAUCUAAAAUUAAUCAGAAUUUCUACACUGUACACAAUUUUUCCCCCAAAUAAUUCUAAUGAAAACUUUGAGGUGCUUGGCUUUCUUUUUGCCCUCUAACUUUUUUGUUUCCUUAUUUUCAUCUACUUUUAAGCUUAAAGUUCUUUCACCAUCUUCCAAAAUUAUAGCUACUUCUUAAUUAUUUUUAAGCAUAGCUAUUAUUUAACUUAACCAUCACAGAAUUUCAGAUUUAUGAUGGAAAAAAAAUCUCUUAGUGAUCUAAAGUAUUUCGUAUGUGCCACAGUGCAAAGUGAAAAUGAGAAUUGUAAAAGCUAAAGCGACUCUGACCCUUGUAACUUGAUUCCAAUAUGUUGUAGAUGAAGAAGAUCAGACAUAGGAUGGCUGCUGAUUGUCAUAAAACGCAACGGUGACGCCUACUUCUGCAGCCUCGCCAACUUUUACAAAUUAAAAAGCUAAUCAGCAUGCAUCUUAGCCUGCUGGGUAGUUUAUUGCCGUAACAUAUCAUCAGUGCUGAUGGUCAAAUGCUACUUCUUUUCGUAUUUCCACUCAAGUAAAUCUCCCUGAUCGGCAGGAGAAAAGAAAAUGGGCAAAAACAAGGGUUUUAAAAUAGUCAUCGAGCUAGGUGGACAAGCCCGGGAGUGCUGAUAAAACUGAAAAUGCCACGGAAGAAUUCAAGGGUGAGGUUCUUGGUGCAGGCUGGAGAUGAGGCUCAUCAGCAGGGGGCUCUCUUAGCAGGUGCAGGGACCUGGAUUGAGUCCCCAGCAGUGAAAAGAGGAAGAGAGAAAAAGAAGGAAGAGGAAGGGAGAAAAGAAAAUAUUUAGUGUGAGUAACAAUAAGAGAAGCUUCCAGACUCUUCCCCCUGCUUCCUUCCUACAUAUAUUGGCCAUCUCCCUUCUGUUGGAGUAGGAGAAAGAUGACUUGGUACAUGAAUUGGGGGCUGUGUUUAAUGUCAUCUGUCUUCUGUUUCUCUCAUUACCUUUGUCUUCAGCAUUGCUUCCCCUCCAACCAAGUGGCAGAUUUCCUAAACCCAAAUCACGCCACAGCUCUGUCCUUUUGUGUAUUUGAGCACUGUCCAGACUGUUACCCACUGAACUUCUUCACAAGGUUUGAAUUUCCCCACCAUGUGUAAGAGGUUUCGCCUCAUCACUUCACUGGUGAUUAUUCUCCUGGCACCGGGAAGAGGGCUUGGCUAAUGGCUGCUAUGACUUCGUCUUAAACUUUAGUCAGACUGUCUAGUUAUAUUCUAGCUUUUAGCUAAGGAGUAAAGAAAGCCUGCUCUGGUUUAAUGCUGAAUUCGGCUUGAGCAGCGGACUUGAACAAAGACUGUGAAAUACAUGUCCCAUAAGGUGAGUGCUUGAGUUCUUUAGUGGCAAUCAAUGCCACUGGAUUGUUGUACUUCUGCCAUCCUUUUAGAAUUUUUUAUUUAUUUAUUUUUGUGUGUUAUGGGUGGAUCGAUGUGUGUCUGUGUACCAUGUGCAUGCCUAAGGGCUUGGAGAGGCCAGAAGAAAGAGUCAGAUCCCCCGGAACUACUUUUAAUUGCAGGUAGUUGUGAGCUGCCAUGUGGAUGCUGGGAAGCAAACCUUGGUUCUCUGAAAUCAGUGUUCUUAACUGCUAAGCCAUCCCUCCAGCCAAGCUUCUGCCAUGAUUUUAGAUUAAGCCAUGUGCCAGGCUCUUUAGAAUGUAGAAUAGACUGGAAUUGGGUGACAAUCUCCGCUUUAAAGUUUGAUAUUGAUAACUGCCAAAAUUCUUCUCCAGUUAGUUGUAAAUGAACAUAACAUUCAUGAGAAAAUGAAUUCCGUCUCAUCCUCAUUUUAAUAAUGCCAGAAAUACAUUUCCUCCUUGUUGGUCUAUGUUAUACCAUAAGAAGUGACUUCCUGGACCCAACACUUAUCACUGGAGCACUUCUAUCCCCGGUUUUAGGAAUCUGCCUAUUAACACAUCCACCAAGAGCCUGAGUGUGUAGGAGAUUCACCUCUUUCCAGUAUCCCACAUUCUCCACAGGGAAUGCAUAGCCCAGGCCAGCUGGGGACUGAGGUGAGCAUUGCAAUGGGCUCUUCCCUCUUGACACAAUUCUGUAACUCACAGAAAAGGACACGAUGCACUUCUCUAUCAUAUACAUAUGUAUGUAUGCACACACAUACACAUAUAUGUGCUACACGUGCCUGGGUUAUCCAUCAUUCAGAAAUGGGAGCUAAAUUUAAAAAUGGUUCUUGACAUAUGCAAACUGAACACAUAAUUUAGAAGAAUAAGUACUUUGACUCAGUGUUGCCACAAGUGAACGAGACAGAAUGUUUAUCCUGUUGAGAGAUUUCCCCCCCCCUUCCCCAAAUCAUCUACAGCAAGGCACAGCGACCUUGAUUUCUAGCCAUUCAUUGAGUUUUUAUUCCACGGUUGAAACUGUUCAUUUGCUUCUCCUGUAAAGGGCGGCUUGUGUGUCAGGCUCUAAGAAAGUCAAGCACAGACAGAUAUUUAUCAAUACACUCAGUUUUUCAUUGGUGAAAUAGUAUUUCUAAAGAUCCAGCCAUUUUCUGCUCUCUUUAUCAGAUGAGGGUAUCUGUAGAAUAUUAGACUCUAGCUCCUCUCCAGAAUGACAUAUAUCGUGUACUCUCCUGACCCUAGGCUGGAUAAGGUCAUCCACACUUGACUGGUGUUUCAGGUUUUAAAAUGGUCUAAAAAGAGAAAAUUAAAUUCAGAUUUUUUUAAAAAAAGGAUUUUGGAUUGAUUUUCAAAGCGCUAAUACUAAUUAUACUUUUCUUUGGGUAGUGUGACUCCUCUUAUACCUAAGAACAUAUUACACAUGUCAAAACCAUUGCAUUUUGACAUUGCAAAAACAUGCCUUGAACUCUUGAACUACUGUGAACAGAGUCACUGUUGUAAAGACCUUCUUGGUAAGCUAGCUGAUAAUCUUAAGUACAGAAAAAGCUGCUCCUUCCCACAGACAGGCUCCAAUGAAUGUAUAUAGAGACUGUGAAAAAAAAAUAAAUUGGUUUUUAAAAUAAGAACUGGGUGAUAAGUUGUAUCCAAAAUGUGCAGAUGGGAAUUGUAGUGUGUAGCUGGGUUUUCCUUGUUGAUGGUUGAGCAGAGUUCCAGAGUCAUUCAGAAACGUCCCAGAAACAUUCAGAUGUUUCAUGAAUUUCGAAUCUGUGAACAUAUGCAUUUGAUAGUAAUAUAUACUUAUAUUGUUUAGAAAUAAUCAUAUUUUAGAACUUAGUACAUGCUCAGCGAUAGCCUUCAUACCAAACGUUUAACUUUGCCAACAGCAAGUCAUAAAAGUAUUUAUUUUAAAGCUUGUUAAUAUUAUUGCAUAACUUCCUGCUGCCUCCAGGUGUACAUACUUCUCUGCCUAAAUGUUAUAUUUUUAUGUAUGCAUUUUCGGAAAGCAUAUUGUUUUGUAAAGUGGCAAAGACAAUAAAUGAAGCACUCCUUGCACUUGUUUCUGUAAAGCAUAAAGAACUCUAUUUUAAAUAAAAGAAAAUGUGUCA